UCACUUAGUCACUUUCUCUGACUCGGUCACUCUCCCAUUUUAAAGUCCUUUUCUUCAUCUUCUUCUUAAUCUGCUUGUCUGUAACUAGUGGUACUUUGUAGAGAAGAGAGAGAAAGAGCCUCAAAGGCACUCACUUUAUUGGAAAAUCCACCCUUAACACACUCACUCACUACUCAUCACUGUGUGACUCAAACCAUUUUUCAAUUACUGGUCUCCUCACUCAGUCAACUGUAUUAGCCACCCCACCACUCAAGUUUUGUUCUUUUCUGCUUUGAUGUUGAAAUAGCUCUAAAACAAUGGGUUUUGUGUAGAGACAGAGAGAGAGAAAGCGAGCGAGAUAUAGAGUUAGAGACAGAGAGAGUGUGAAGAAAGUGAAUCUCUUUCAUAUGGGUUGUUUUCAGUCUAAGACUACUCACCUCCAUUCCCCUGAUAACCCCACUGCUCAGCCCGACCCAGCUGAUGAGAAUCAAGUUGAGGAAGAGGAUCGAACUCCGGUGUUUAAAGAGUAUGGUCUUAGCGAGCUUCGAAAGGCUACAAAUGGGUUUAGUACUAACUAUAUUGUCUCUGAGAGUGGUGAGAAAGCUCCCAAUGUGGUUUAUAGAGGGAAGCUUCAGAAUAAUCGAUUGGUAGCUGUUAAACGCUUCUCCAAGCAAUCGUGGCCUGAUGCUCAACAAUUCGUGGCUGAGGCAGCAGGAGUUGGGAAGGUGAGGCAUACGAGAUUAGUGAAUUUGAUUGGUUGCUGUGCUGAAGGGGAUGAACGACUCUUGGUAGCUGAGUAUAUGCCCAAUGAUACUUUGUCCAAGCAUCUCUUCCAUUGGGAAAAACAGCCACUGCCAUGGGAAAUGAGAGUUAGAGUUGCUUACUAUAUUGCUCAGGCCCUUGACCAUUGCAAUGCAGAAAACUGGAAGAUUUAUCAUGAUUUAAAUGCCUAUAGAGUACUCUUUGAUGAGGAUGGCGACCCUCGUUUGUCUAGUUUUGGCCUAAUGAAAAACAGUCGAGAUGGUAAAAGCUACAGUACUAACUUAGCUUAUACUCCACCUGAAUUUCUACGCACAGGCAGGGUCAUCCCAGAGAGUGUCAUCUACAGUUAUGGAACCGUUCUAUUGGACCUUUUAAGUGGGAAACAUAUUCCUCCAAGCCAUGCGUUGGACUUAAUAAGGGGGAAAAGUGUACUGUGUUUAAUAGAUUCAUCAUUGGAAGGGCAGUAUGAGAAUGAUGAUGCGACUAAAUUGGUUGAGCUUGCUUCAAAAUGUCUUCAGUCCGAGGCUAGGGACAGACCUGAUACUAAGUUUCUUCUCACAUCAGUGGCACCACUUCAAAAGCAGAAAGAGGUGGCUUCUCAUGUUUUAAUGGGCUUACCUAAAAAUAUGAUCUUGCUUCCGACUAUGUUAUCACCCCUUGGGAAGGCUUGUGCAAGGAUGGAUCUUACUGCCAUUCAUGAUAUUUUGCUUAAAACAGGCUAUAAAGAUGAAGAGGGAGCCGAAAAUGAGCUUUCAUUCCAAGAAUGGACACAACAAGUGCAAGAUAUGCUUAACACCAAGAGGUUUGGGGAUAUUGCAUUCAGGGAUAAGGAUUUCAAGAGUGCAAUCGAGUAUUAUUCAAAGUUAGUAGCUAUGAUGGCUGCACCUUCAGCUACUGUCUUUGCAAGAAGAGCUUUCUCGUACCUGAUGAAUGAUCAAGCAGAGCUUGCCUUGAGAGACGCCAUGCAAGCCCAAGUGUGCAUACCAGAGUGGCCAACUGCAUUCUACUUGCAGGCCCUGGCACUAUCGAAACUUGGAAUGGAGACUGAUGCUCAGGACAUGCUCAACGACGGAGCAAACUUUGAAACAAAGAGGCAGAACAGCUGGCGCAGUUAAACUCAUGUCUUGUGAAUCAAUAGUAGGGGGUGUUCGAAAUUUCUUCGAUUGUGGAAAGGUACUCAUUCAAAUUAAAAACCAAGCUAAAUCCGAUUAAUUUUUCUAGUAAGUUGGUUGGUUUGGAAUUAGCGGUUUUGAAUUGUGACACUGAAACCCAUAAGGCAAAAUUGACAAAAAUAUCAUACACAUGUUUUCGUUUUCGUUUCGUUAUACUUAUGUUUUUUGACUUUGGGGAGUGGAGAUUCGAACUUUCCCUUUACUUAUGUUGCUAUGUGAUAAUGAUUUAGAAACUCAUUUAUAGUUUUUGCUGUAUUCUAACUUGUUAUUUGUUUUGCUUUUAGUCUAGAGUACAACUUUUCUAGUAUGAAUUAUUGAUGUAUAUUUUAUACUUGGAAUUAGGUUUUGUUGCUGCAUCAUUGAGUUAAGUGGAUAGGCAUAGAGGCUGUUUUGGUUUUGGAGAUGAGAUCAACAUCAAUCAAUGUAUUUUACAAGUUUAAUAUUGGAUAAAUAUCAUUGUUCCUUGUAUUUUGCAUAAUUUAUCAUUUGGAUUCUCUGUUUUUAUAAAUGAUAAAUUAGAUUUUGUAUUUUUAAAAAUAGUAAAUUAAAUUUGAAACUAAUUUUUAUUACGAAUAAA